CAACCAGGAUUCCAACAGUUAAAACACAAGUUUACGCUUUACGGAUGAUGAUAAGGCGCUAUGCAACUGAUCAUCCAAAUUUACUUUAUCAAAUAGAAUUGAACUAUGGGUAGGCUCCAACGAUGACACCUCUGAUGUGACACCUAGUGGGCUCCAGAGCACACCAACCUUACUGAGCCGUAGUCCUGAGAUGCGACGGCGGCUCUGUGCCUUCUAUAAUUUACCACCAGAAUGGGCCAGCCAAGGACUCCAGACCAGUGAUAAAUGUUCACCCUACCCCCAUCAGUAUGGCCAUCUCUUCUCCUGUUCCUCUUGGCACUUCUGGGCCUCUGUAAUCCUGUUGUGCCUCCUUUAUCCUGUAUCCACUGCUGCUUCUAUCUUUCGAGUAGGGGUGGUCGGGCCAUGGUCCUGUGACCUACUCUUUGCCAAAGCUUAUCCCAGUGCAGCAGCACAAAUAGCUGUAAGUCGUAUCAACCAGGACCCAUCUCUCUAUCCUGGGGUCACUUUUGAUUAUGUCAUCCUGGAGGAAGAUUGUGAGACAUCGCAGGCUCUCUCCCACUUCCUUGGCUACUAUGUGCGGGCGUCUGCCUUUAUUGGGCCAGUCAACCCAGGUUACUGUGACACAGCAUCCCUUCUGGCGAAAAGCUGGAACAAAGCUGUGUUCUCCUGGUCAUGUAUUGGUGAUGAGCUGGAUGCCAGAAGCAACCACCCCACGUUUGUCCGCACUAUGCCCGUGCCCUCUCUUGUGCUGCUGCAUUUCAUGCGACACUUCCACUGGGCUCACGUGGGUAUCAUUUCCUCAGGUGAUGACAUCUGGAUAGAGACUGCAAACAAGGUAGCCAACACAUUGCGCAGCCAUGGUAUGCCUGUUGGCAUAGUGGCAGCUAUUGGGAAGGACAUGGUCAGCAUGCGCAAGACCCUAGCCAAGGUCAAGAGGGUAGAAAACCUACGCUUGGUCAUCCUCUGUAUGCACUCCGUCUUAAUAGGGGGCAAAGAUCAGCAGAUGCUUCUUGAGAUGGCCCAUGAUAUGAGGAUGACAGAAGGCUCCAUGGUAUUUGUGCCCUAUGACACCCUCCUGUACAGCUUGCCCUACCAGAACCUUUCUCAAUACAUCCUUCCCAACAAUAGCAAGCUGCUGCAUGCUUAUGAUGCUGUGCUUACAAUCACUGUGGAAUCUCCUGAACGGCACUCAUUUUAUCAAACUUACAUUGAGGCACAGACCAACGGAGAGAUUCCCAAGAACAUUAAACCCCACCAGGUGUCCCCUCUGUUUGGUACCAUCUAUUCCUCUAUCCUGUUCAUGGCCCAUGCCAUGCAGAGUUUGAAAGCAUCAAGACAGUGGAUGUCUGGUGAUAAUCUGGCCCAGCAUGCACAUAACCUGACAUUCAAGGGUUUCAGUCACCCCAUCCACACAAGUCAUUCAGGCUUGGGUCUACUGGAUUAUGUUGUGCUGGAUACAGAUGGCUUAUCUUGGGAAAUGAGGCCUUGCUACCGAAUAGAAAUGGAGACGGACAUGGUACACUUUCUUGGUCAGUCCAUUCACUUUCCCCGAUAUGGGCCGCCUAAGACUGACUCCAAAUGCUGGUUCACACAAGGAAUCAUCUGUGGUGGAGGCGUGGAUCCUAUCCAUCUAAUUAUUUUCUUCAUCUGUGUCUUUCUACUAAUCUUCUCUUUUGUUGCUUCUGUUUACUUUAUAAGGCGACGACUCACUCAGAUUCAAUUAGUCCGAGGUCCAAAUAAAAUCCUAUUGACCUUGGCUGAUGUCACCUUCAUCAAUCCAUCACUAAGUAACAAGAAGAUGAGUUUGGAAGAAAGCAAGACCAGUGAUACAAGAAAAAGCCUCUCAGAGCGCAGCCACACCUCUCCAUUCUCUAGUCAAUCUCCAGCCACCUAUGAGAAUUCAAACGUCGCCAUCUUUGAGGGAGAUUGGGCUUGGCUAAAACGACUUCCCCAUGGGAAUUUUCGGAGUAUUAACCCAAGUACCACUGAUGUGUUUGAACUGAUGAAAGACAUGAGGCAUGAAAACGUUAACCCUUUCAUGGGCUUCUUUCACGACUGUGGAGUCUUUGCCAUAGUGACAGAGUACUGUUCCCGUGGCAGCCUGGAAGAUCUGCUGCAUAAUGACGAUGUCAAACUGGACUGGAUGUUUAAAUCUUCCCUCCUGCUAGACCUCAUUAAGGGAAUGAAAUACCUUCACCACAGGAAUGUAUGUCACGGAAGGCUGAAGUCCAGAAACUGUGUGGUUGAUGGACGUUUUGUGCUCAAAGUGACUGACUACGGCUACAACGAAGUGCUGGAGUCUCAGAGGUUUCCAUACAUAGAGCCAGUGGCUGAGGAGCUGCUGUGGACAGCCCCUGAGAUCUUGAGAAGUUCUUAUCCAGGGCUGAAAGGCAGUCUGGCAGGGGAUGUUUACAGCUUCUCCAUUAUCAUGCAGGAAGUGGUGGUACGAGGGCCACCUUUUUGUAUGUUAGAGCAAUCUGCUCAGGAAAUUGUUCAGAAGGUGAGGAAGCCUCCGCCACUGUGCAGACCCACUGUAUCUCCAGACCAUGCUCCCCUGGAGUGCAUCCAGCUAAUGAAGCAGUGCUGGAAUGAGCAACCUGAGAGGAGACCAACAUUUGAUGAGAUCUUUGAUCAGUUCAAGAACAUAAAUAAAGGGAAGAAGACUAACAUCAUAGACUCCAUGUUGAGGAUGCUGGAGCAGUACUCCUCUAACCUGGAGGAGCUGAUCAGGGAAAGGACAGAGGAGCUAGAAAUUGAGAAACAGAAGACUGAGAAACUGCUCACACAGAUGCUGCCACCGUCAGUGGCCGAGGCUCUGAAGUUGGGAACCACAGUAAAACCGGAGUACUUUGACAGUGUCACUGUCUACUUCAGUGAUAUUGUUGGCUUCACUACAAUCUCAGCCAACAGUGAGCCCAUCGAGGUGGUGGACCUUCUUAACGACCUCUACACACUCUUUGACGCAAUCAUCAGCAACCAUGAUGUGUACAAGGUUGAGACAAUAGGUGAUGCCUACAUGGUGGCAUCAGGUUUGCCUGUGCCCAACGAGAACCGCCAUGCAGCUGAGAUUUCCAACAUGGCUCUGGAUAUCCUCAGUGCUGUGGGGACAUUUAAAAUGAGACACAUGCCUGAUGUCCCGGUCCGAAUCCGAAUAGGACUUCACACAGGUCCUUGUGUAGCUGGUGUUGUGGGCUUGACUAUGCCCAGGUACUGUCUGUUUGGAGACACAGUAAACACGGCUUCUAGAAUGGAGUCCACAGGGAUGCCAUAUCGGAUUCAUGUUCAUUCCAGCACAGUUAAAAUCCUAAUGGCACUGAAUGCAGGAUAUAAAGUCCAGUUAAGAGGGAGGAUUGAACUCAAGGGCAAAGGCACAGAAGAGACCUACUGGCUCAUUGGAAGAGACAGUUUCACCAAACCACUUCCUGUCCCACCUGAACUAAAGUCAGGGCCAGAGAACAAGGACUUUAAGUUGAUGCUUCAGAAGGCGGUGAAGAAGAUCUCUGCCGUGCGUCAGGUGGCCCAGAUUACUCUGGCUGAUGAAGACAACAUCAUGAUGCACCAUCACUGACAACCCUUCACCCGUGCUCUUGAGACAGGAACUUCAUGCAGUUAACAAAUGCAACCAGGAAGUCCUUUAUUCAUCUUUAUACAUCAGCCUUCUUCUUUUUUCCCUUGGUCUGGUCAAGGUGGUUUGAGCUCUGGAUAUUUACUACUGCCUGUAGUUGGGUUGGUGUGUCUCUAAAACCAGGACUUCUGCUUUAUUAUUAAUGGCUUCUGUUUGAGUUUGGGAAGGCAUGUCUCCUUGUGCAUUUCAGAGACUUUUGCUGUAACUUCUCGUUUUGGGACUGAAUGAUCUAUAAAUGAAUUAAACUGCUACAAGUGACACACACACAAUUACCAGGUGGAAUAUUCCAGCACUGCCUCUCCAUCUUGAACUCCAUCCUGAGAGAUUACAGGUCUAUUCUGAAUAUGAAGCACCUUUGUGACACAAGCCACAUGAGGAACUAAAAUUAUCCACCAGGAAUCCAUUGCUCAGCAGGAGGAGGAUUGGAUCAGCAGCAAAGAGAUAGACAGAGACAUCGACAGAGAGCCAUAGAAGUGAGGGUAAGAGAUUGGAUGAAGGGAUAAAAGACCUGAGUGCUUUCCAUUGCAUACAAAUUUCAAACUCUGGUUCCUAUCAUCUAUAGGAAAGAAAUGUCCUUCUCGCCUGAGGAGAAAACUUCCUAACCGGGUCGUCUUUGUCCUGGCCAGGAAAUAAGGAGCAGAAACUUGGUGCAUAAAAAAGAAACCAUACUUAUAUGUUUAACUGUUCAUGGUAUAAUUAGGGCUGAAUGGAACUGCAUAUAGUUUCCAUAUCUACUAGACUGAUCUAUUGACAUGGUAUGGUGUUAGAAUAGACCUUAGGACUAUUACUGAAAAUUUUUGUUCAGACAGACAUAUCUUAAUAAGGGGUAUGUUUAGCAUGGACUCCCAUGGAUGUCAUUAAUGCACAAACCUUUUAGCAAUGUAUGGACUUGUACAGUCUCAGAGAUGCAAACAUGUCAAAUGUACAGUGUCUGGGUUUUUUUUAUAGCUAUGAUGUAACUAAAAAUGAUCACUGAAGACAAAACAAAAUCUCUGUACUACCAUGACAUCAGGGAACAAUUCCAAAUGAGUUUAGAAUGAAAUUCAGAUAUAAAUAUUGAACUUGUGUAUUUAGGACACUGACCAGCUCCUCUGGACGAUCUGCCAACCUGCAGUGUUUAAUUCAAGCCAUAAUCUGCUACACCUGAUCCAGCUAAGCAGAUGAUCAGGUGCAAGAGAUUACAGGUUGGGACCGAUCUCUGUUGGAAUUGGUAGACAUUGAUUGAGGCCAUAUUUUAAGCAAGUGGCUCUCAAAUAUUCCACUUUCCAAGUGCAGCUCUGACUGAAGGGUUCGGUUAGUUAGUUGGAUCAGGAGUGUCAGCAAUGCAAACAGGUCCAAACUGCAGUUCUUUUAGCCACAACACACUUUUAUUUAAAGGUAAAAAAGAAAGAAAUUGAUGUUGAAUUAAUGAAAUUGUCCAUUAACAAUAA